AUGGCUCGCCAGCAAGAUUUCACCAUCGCCAGCGCUCGGCGCAAUCGCAUUUCUGCACAGACACGAAGUGGUUACUCGUCGGGUAUCAACCAAGUCAAGAAAUGGGUGGUACUUGCGGGGUUACAUGACCUUCUCGCACCGUGCGCGGAGAGCAGCGACGGAACCACUCUUGACCUCCAUGCGUUCCACUACGAGCACUUCCUCGAUUUUAUCGAGUGGACUGUUCAAAACAAAGACGUUGAGGUGGGGACACUGAGCGGGUAUCGCAGUGCGAUCCAGAGCCUCUACAAAGACCAGGGUCUUCCAGUGCCACUUGAAUACGGAGAAGACAUCAAGGAAGUGUUUUCAGGACUACGCAAGACUGUAGCCCAGGACCUUCAGGCUGGUGCCAAGCUAUACCGAGGCAAACGACCAAUGUCGUUUGCUGUGUUCGAGACGUUGUGUGAAAAGAGCGUCGAACUGUUCGACGGGGGAUUUGCACACCUUUUCCUAAUCCUAUCUUGGAAUCUCAUGUGUAGAUCGAAAUCGACUGAAACAGUUCGGUUCGAUCACAUGUCAUGCGAGGACGACAGCAUUGGAUUCACCUUUUUUAAGACAAAGACAAAUCAAGAAGGCACCAAAAACAAGGACCCUAAGCACUGCUAUGCAAACCCGUUCAAACCAUCGAUAUGCCUGUAUGUCGCCCUUGGUGUGUAUCUGUCAUGUAAUAGUCGCAUUACACCGACAGAGUUAUUUCCUGGUGCAAAUCAAAAGGAUCGUUUCGGCAAAUCACUCGCUGCGUUAAUUGAAGCGCCAAAAACUGGAGCGAAGAAAGACAUCAGGACCCACUCGAUUCGAAAAGGAGCUGCUACGUUUGUCUCCUCUGGCAGCACUGGUGGUCCAUCUAUUGUCAGCGUAUGUCUGCGUUGUGGGUGGUCCCUUGGAAAUGUCAUGGAACGUUACUUUCGGUACGAAGCCGCGGGGGAUCAGUUCACUGGUCGCGUUGUUGCUGGGUUGCCGAUCAAAAGCUCUGAUUUUGCGGUCCUGCCCCCUCAUUUUCGAGACCCCAGUGCCACGGUGGUGCUUUCAGCCCUCCAAGUCGUGUUCCCCCUGCUCAAGCCCCAACACCGACCUUCGCCCAGUGCUGCAAGUGUAUUGCCUCCACGCCAUGCCAUGCGCUCGACUACUCUAUUUACCAACGGCACGAUGCAGGGUGAACUACUCGGGUGUGUGCAGUCUGGCGAUGGGUCGCCUUGCUUACGUCCGAGUGGCAUACCCCCUUUUGUCGAAAUGUACAAACAAUUGCAACGGAACGAUCAGACCUUGGCCCUAAUCCUGGAAACGAUUUUGAAAGGUGUGCGUGAAAUCGUGAACGAGAACGGCGUAUGCGCUGGGCUUGCCCUUCCACCGCAUCCCACCGAAAUCGACGCCAUCGAUGCUUUUGCUGCUACAUCCGGCUUGUUCAACGUCAUCAGCGGUGAAACAACGUCGAAACGUCUUCGUCGGGACUGCCAGCUCAAGGUUACUACAAUGGUGCGUCUCGUGCGUCAGCAGGAUGCGACGAAGUACAGUCGUCCAUUUAAGAAACGAAAGCUUACCUCACCUAAGGAACCACCAGCACUGGGGCGGUCGUUGCUACUUUGA